AUUUUUUGAAUUUUUAGGCUUUUAGCUAAGUGAAAAAUUCACAUUGUAUGAAACAUGAUACUAAAUGAACGUUGAAAAGGAAACCAUAACGUCAUCAACAUCAUUAUCAUCAUUAUUAACCAAAUGACAAAUAUCUUGUAAAACUUCUAAGGGGUGUUGUUUUUUUCUCUCUGAUUUUUUAAAAAAAAGUCACAGUUGAUUGUCACAUUUUUGUAUAACAUUUUGCUUUUAUUUAACACAUUGACGUCGUCUCCGCCUGAAGAAUCCUCGUCAUCAACUUCAUCAAAAUUGACAACAUGUUGUUGUAUAGAUUUGUUGCCCGCUAGUCUAGCUGCUGUUAUGGUUUUAGUCAGCAACGAAUGGCAAAAUAAAAGUGAAGAUGUACCAAAAACGACUGCUAAUACAACAACCACAGCCGGUACUAAUACAGCAGCAACGACGUCAAGCACAGCAGCCAAUAUUGCUGAGCCGCCCUCAGAAUCGAUACCAGCAACAGCAACAGCCACAGGAGCAGUUAAUGUUAAUGCAAAUUGUAAUGCAACAAAUAGUAAACAAUCAGAAACUGUAGCAGGAGAUUCUAUAAAUUCCAUAGAUGCAACAACCACAAUAACAACAACAACAACAGUAAUAUCAACAACAGAAACAGGAACAGCAAUACCAGAAUCAACGGCAGCCGCAACAAAAACAAUAAUAAAUAAAAAUAUUACAUUAGCAAACGAUAACGCCAACAACGAACAAACAAAUGAAUUAAUAAAAGAUAAAAAUUCUUUAGAAAUCGUAUAUAAGAAUGAAAUAAACGAAGACGAUAUAAACGAAUGCAAAAUCGCUGAAGUUGGAAACAUAAUAAACACUACAGCUAAGCAGCAGCAGCUAAAAGAAGAGGAUAAUUUUGAAGAAUCUGUUUUAAAUUACAAUAAUAGUAUAAAAAUAAUGGCUGAGAACACUAAGGAGUCACCGUUAAAGGAGGAAAAAGAGUUGGAGGAGUCACAACAGCAGACUCUUAUCAAUAAUCUAAAUCAUACUGGGAAUAAUAAGGAUUUCGAUGAAUCUAAUUCGUACCCAAAUUCCAAUACAAAUACUCUAACGACCGCCCCCUCAAACAUUAAAACACAACAGAAUAUUAUUACACAACAGCAACAGGUGCCACUUAGUUGCCCCAUUACGCCGCAGGCUCUGAGCAGUGCAUUACAGACGGCUUUGAAUGCAACCAAUAAUGCCAACAAUGCCAACAAUGCUAACAAUUCAGUGGCAGCAGCCGGUUUGCAGCCAAAUUUUCUCAGUCAAUUGGCAUUAACGGCAAAUGUAGCUGGUCUGCAAAAAACUACAACCACAGCCGCCACCAAUUUAACUGCCAAACAACUGAAUCAAUCGUUUAACAUGUUGGACACAAAUAAUCAAAACAAAAGUGAUAGCAAUCUGCUGGAAGGCACAACUUCGUCAACAACAUCAUCAACAUCAGUACCUGCAGUAUCGUACGAUAAUAAUGGCCAAGCAAAGAUUGUUUUGAUCUGUGAGGGCAACUCGCAUCCAUUUCAAACACGUACCAUUAGCUUGACACCAAAUGUGGAGUGCAUGGUGGGUCGCUUGAUAGCCAAGAGCAAAGCGUCCGAAAAUAAUGCAAUUUUCGACUGUAAAGUAUUAUCGCGUAAACAUGCCGUCAUUUGGUAUUCCCCCGAUGGCAAAUUCUGGGUCAAAGAUACAAAAUCAUCGAAUGGCACCUUUAUAAAUGACAAUAAGUUGGGUGAUGAAGAGGCUGAAUUGCAUUUUGGUGACAUUGUGAAAUUUGGUGUUGAUGUUUUGGAAAAUUCCCGCAAAGAAGUGCACGGCUGUAUUAUAGCCUGCGUUAAAUUGUAUUUACCUGAUGGUCGCGAGGCCAUAUCGAUUGAUGCAUCCGCCCACCGUAGCCAGUACUCGGGAGAGGGUCGCAUCAGCUAUGAUGAGUUGCAUCGUUUAAAUCUCUACAUACAGGAAACAUCACAGCGUGAGAAAGUUUUAACCUCCAAGUUGUGUAAUAUACAAAACGUCUUAGAUGCUACACGCAAGAAUUCCGCUCUAUGUUGGCAAUCGAUGAUAACCGAAGAUCAACUGUUGCAUCGUAUACACUCGCUGGAGAAGAAAUUGCAGUUCAUGGAGAAAAAUGUGCCCGAAAAUUUGUUAAGAAAUGAGGUUCUUAAAUUACUCGACGAUAAAAGUUCAUAUCAACAUACCGCCAAAGAGGCCUUACGCAAAGUCUAUCAAGAACGUUGUGAUGCCAUGCAAAUGCUAGCAAAAAUGGAAUCCGCCUACACACAGUCCGAUAACGAAUGUUCUUUGCUGCGCGAUCAAAUCAUGAAUUCUAAACAAACCCUACAGGAUGUCAACACACGUUUGCUGCGUCUCGAAACGGAAUACAAUGAAUACAAAGAUGAGAUGGCGCGCCAACAACAGGAUGCAAAAGAACGCGAAGAACAGCGCAUAGUCGAGCUCACAGAUAAAUUGCGUGAACGCGAAUUAGAGUGUGAAGAUUUAAAGAAGAAAAUAUCGGAACUGUUAAUAAAACGAGCUGAGCUACUCGAAGAUGAGGAGCAGCUGUUGGAAAAGCAAGCCAUAGAAAAAUUGGAUGCGGCAAUAGCUGACAUGGAUUUCGGCGACGAUGAAGAUAGCAGUGAUGAUGACGAUGAUAAUGAUGAAGUAGAUGUGGAAACAAGUGAAAAUAAACGCAAUGGUAAUGAACAAGUUGAGGCUAAAGAAGAGGAUGAUAAGGAAGCUAAAUUUGCCAUAAAUAGGAAAAAGUCAAACACAAGACCUCAGUUAUCUUCCAUAUUUGGUGAUAAAUUAAAUGGUGUCGAAGAGGAGCAGGAUAAAUCCAAGCUUAAAAAAGCCAAGGCCUUUGAUGCAUUAAAGCAAAAAUCAUCACCCAAACGUGUCAAAGAAACGACCAUUAUGAAGUGGUUACAAAAUUCCGAUUUAAACAAAAACGAAGGCUCCUUUGAUAUAUUCAAAGCCAUAUGCAAUGAAAACGAAAAUGAUGAUGAUGAGGUCGAAGGUGACGGUGAGUGUCAGGAGGCAGGCAGUUUAACCGAACAUGAGUUAAAUCAUGCUAAACCUACACAAAUGCCCGAAGAAUUAAAUUUAUUUAGCAAUUUCACAAGUAAAUUAAAAAAUGUACAAAAAAAUCUAAAACAAUUAGAAGCUGAAAUUGAAAAUGAAACUGAAACUGAAAAUGAUAAUGAAUCAAGUGCUAACGAAGAUAAUAUAAAGAGAAAAAUUAAACAGGAGAUUGAGGAGGAUGAAGAUGAUGAUAGUAGCGAUGAAGAUGAUGCUGAAGAACAACAGGGUGCUUGUGCUGAGAAAGAGUUCAUUAUUAAACGUAAUGGCAAAUCAUCAAGCACAUCAUCUGCCAACCAGGUGCUUUCUAAGGAAAAUAAUAAAUAUCUAUUAUUAAAAUCAAGUGUUAAUAUGCUAAGAGAAGCUUACAAUGAAAUUUGGGAUAGCGUAAGAGAACAAGAAGAGUCUCGCCAACAGAAAUAUAACGAACAGCUAGAUGGCGAAAAACAAAAGUCACCACCGCCCAACAUUAAAGUCAAAACACAAUUCCAAACCUAUGCCACAAGUCCAACAUCAAAGGCAACAAAGAAAUUCGACAACCUAACAACAAUACAAUCCUCCGCAUCAGAUAUUACAGAAUCGGACUCGGAUGUUGAAAGCAUAACUUUAGCCUCUUCUGUAGAUACAGCUAACACUGCUUCAGUUAUAAAUGUUAAAACUGAAACAACAAAUGAUGAGCUAUUAAUGGAAAAACUCAAAGAAUAUGAAUCACAAGUGGGGACCUUAAAUGAAAAGCUACAGCAAACCGAAUUGGAGGCCCAGCAUACAUUGGAAAUAAUGCAAGUCGAAUGUGAUGAUGUUAAACUGAAAAUGGAAAACCUAAACAAAAUCAUUGAAGUUUUAAAAACGGAUAAAAAGGCUUUAGAACAAGUUAUCAAUGAAAACAAUAAGAAUACAAGCGACGCACUUGAAACAACAUCAGCAACCAAACCCUGCCAAGAAAUUGAUGCUCAAUUGGAAAAAGAAUUGGAGCUAGAAGAGGAUCCUGUUUUAAAUGCUAUCAAUGUUACAGCCUUAGAACGUGAGGAGGAGCUAAUCACUUACAAGGAACGCUUAGAUGAACAACAAAGAGAAAAUAUUGAUUUACGCAAUGAAAUUGCGUUACUCAAACUUAAUGCUAAUGCUGGGACUACAAAAGAACUAUUGCUUAAACAAUAUCUACCCUGUAGUUUUGUUGUUUUAGCAAUUAUAAUAUAUUUUUUAACAACCUACUAUUAAAGAGUUUUUCUAACUAUCCCUCCAGCUUCCAUUUCAACAUUUGAUUUUUUUUGUAAACCUUCAAGAAAAAAACCUGCAUGAUCAACUUUUUUUUAAAAAAAAAAAUUCAGUUUUGUUUAAUAAUAUUUAAUACCCAUCCAUUAACAUUAUUAUUGUAUUUUUUAUUUUGUUUAAUCUAAUCAUUAUUUCGCCUUCUUAUACAUAUUUUAUUAACACAAAAAAAUAAAUAAAAUAAAUAUAUUGCAUAUAUAUAAAAUAAAAUACAUAAUCGUAAUAUAAACAAAUAUGCAAACAACUCAAUUUUCAAUUAUUAACAACAACAAAAAAAAUAAUAAAAACAAAAGAUCUAUUUAACAAAAUACACGUACAUACAUAUAUACAAACUAAACAAAAAUCAAGGCCUGUAAUAUGAUCUUUAAUUAAACUUAUUCUUAUACAUAUUAUUAUAAUUAUUAACAUUAUUUUGCAAAACUAGUACUUUUUUUUGUUUAACCACCAUAUUCAUAAUCAAAUUUUAAAUUUAUUAAAGGCUUAUUAAACAUUGUGUAUUAAAAACUUGGAUAAAUUUAAAAUAAAGUUUGGGUUUUACUUUAUUUUAUUUUUUUCAAAAUUUAGUUUGACUUUUCAACCAAUAACAAGGUUUACUUUAGCUAGUGAUAUCAGAGCUAAGAAUUAAUUCAAUUUGGGUGUAAUAAUUAUUUAGAAAAAACUAAUUCUUUCAAGCUUUUAUUUGAACAGAAUUCAUUCAAACUUUGAAUGGCUAAAUUUUAGAUAAUUCUAAUCAAAGCCAAAUUGAAUUAAAAUAUUUUGUUUAAUCAGUUGUAGUUGUUGUAGUAACCGUUCCACUGUUGUUGGAGUUUCUUCACUGAAAAAAUAUUCAAUAAUUAAAUAUUAUCAGUGUCAUGAGGUGGUACUGGGAGCUGGAGAAUUUGUGCCUCCUCAAUACCGGGACAAUUAAAAAGAUGCACAGUGUCAUCAUGAGGGCUUCGGAGGCAGGCUGGAUGUGUUGAGGGGGGAUAUUCUAUCACAAUUUGAUGGUUUUGCUGGGAUGGCUGAUGACACGUUUAGUGUCAGGUGGUUUGUCAUCUUGACACAUCCGGUUGCGAUUCAAUUGCAUUAUUUUAUUUUACUAGUAGUAGUUCUCAGUAGCUAACUAAUUGGAUGGAACGGAACUAGUUGAAUGAACAGCAGGGUUUGAUUUUAAAAAAAAUUUGAAUCAUUCAAUAAAUUGUAUUAUAGCUCAUUCAGACUCCACCCAUAUUACAUAAUUUUGGCUCCACAUUACAGCCAAAAUCUAAACAGUUUAUACUGGUAUUUUAAGACCUUGAGUUAAUUUCCCUAACAGCUGAUACUCAUCAGACAUAUUUUUUAAACGAAUAACUCAAAUAAACUGUUUUAAUUAUUUAUUUAUUGGCACAAUUUAUAUUAAAUAAUAAGUUAAUUCUCAAUGGAAUGAUUUAUUAACGUUUGAAGUACUAAGGAAUUAAGCCUAUGAAUUAAUCACCCCUAUCGCGAAUCAAUAUUUCACAUGAAAUAUUUUCCCUUUUCCCAUUUUUCGUUCAUAAACUUUGUUCACGGGAAAAAAUUUCCCAUGUUGUGAAAUUUUUAGAUGGAAUUUUGUAAACAUUAAACAGCUGUUACGAACAAAAUCCACUAUUGUGAAUGAAAAGUUUAGGGGAAUAUCACGAUAGCAAUUUUCCCUUCGAGGGAAAUGGAUAUUUCAUGGGAACACAAAUUUCACAUUUUUUCACGAUAGAGGUGAAUAUGUAAUGAAUUCUUAAAGGUAGUGGCUAGGAUAUAAAAUUUAAUUUGAUUUUCAAUAUUUUAUUAGGAAUUCAGACCUUUCCCACGACAUAUGUAAUGUCUUAGAAAUUCGGACCGACAAUGGAUCAAAAUCGAAACAAAUUAACCGAAUUUAAAAAUAAAUUUUGUUAAAAAAUGGAUUUUCACCAAAAAAAAUGUUCCCCCAUAAAAUUGUUUCAACUAAAUUCUUUUGAAUCUUUAUCUUACUCCCAUAACGAAGCAAUAAUAAUAAUAAAUGGAGACUAUACCUGAUAAUUUUUGAUCUUGAUAACCAUUUUGACGUUUAUCAUGAUAAAAAUUUAUCAGGUAUAGACAGAGUGUUAAAGUAUACUUUGGUGAAAUGUUCACAAUUGAAAAUUCGCAACAAACAUUUGUUAACAAUGUCAAUCUUUAUAAAAUUGUAUCGUAAAAUUUUUGUUGAAAUUGUUGAAACCCAUUUUUAAAUGUUUAACUCAAUUUGUUUAUUGUUAGCUUUUCAAACAAACAAACCUUAUUUAACAAUGUAAAUUCUAAAUUGUUAAUAUUUUUAAAAUUGUAUCGUCAUAUUCAUAGAGCGGAAACUCUUCUGUCAAAGACCUAACUCAGUUGUCAAAAACCUAAGUGGUGAGAAUGUAUUUGUAGAAAAAACUAUGUGAAAACAAAAACAACACUCGUAUGUGUGAUUAUUUUGAGUAAUUUUUUUGUUUGAGUUUUUUCUAGUUUCCGCUAUAUGUUUCUCUAUGGUCAUAUUAUUGUUGAAAUUGUUGAAAUUUUUAAAUAUUAAAAUCAAUAUUUUUAUUGUUGACUUUUAAACUUCAUGCUUGUAUUAGAAUAUUUAUAUGUAUAGGGAAUAAUUUAUUUCUUUUAAUUAAACGAAACCCAAACGUGUUAGUUAUUUAUUGUCACAUUAUCUAUUGUAUUUUUAUAAAUUUCACAGCUAUAUAAGCUUAUUGUUUAUUACAUAAUUAUAUUUAAUCGAAAGAAAAAAAAACAUGAAAGAAACACCACAAGAAAUAUUUAAAAAAAAUAAAAUCUACCACAUAAAUUUGCAUUUGUAGAAGAAGAUAAAAAACAGAAAAAAUUAAAAAAAACUAAGAAAAAUAAAUUGAAUUUGUUAAUUAUUUUAAGUUUUUCUUUACAUUUAGUUAAUUAUUUUUAUUAGUUAUAAUUUUAUUUUUAUUAUUUGAAAUUUUUUUUUGUAAAAAAAAUCAUAUGGUUUUAAAAACUUCUUUUUACUUUUUUGUUGUCUUAUAAUUUGUUAACAUCCCUGCCUCCAUCUCCCCUUUUUUAAUACAACAGCUUUACUGUUUAAUAAUUAUUAUUUUUUUAAAAAAAAGCUUCAUUUUUUAGAUAUGCAAACAAUUUGCCAGAAUGAUAAACCAAAUUAUUAAAAAAGAAAAAAAAAAACAAAUCAUUAUAAAAUUUUGCUGAAAAUGAUAAAAUACAAAAAUGCUAAAUUAUUGUAAAUUAUAUGCAUAUAAAACAAACAAACAAAAAAAAUCAAUUAUUAUUAAUAUUUAAUUACCAUGAAAUAUAUACAAAAUAUAAGUAAUUAUAAUAAAAUGAAAGAUAAAUAAUUAUUAUAAACGAAACAAA